AUUUCAAACCAGGAGAAGUUUUUGGAAUUUACACCGAUCUUGAAUAUGCAUGGGAAUUUAAUUAUCUUGUUGACCUUAAAGAUUAUAACGAUCAAAAAAUAAGGGCUUGUAUUGAUGCUAAACAUUUUGGAAAUUAUAUGAGAUUUGCUAAUCAUAAAGACAGACAACAAUAUGUUAUGCAUAAUGGUAUAUGGCAUGUACUUUAUUUGGCUCAGGCUCACAUCAAAGCCAAUGAACAAAUAUUUGUUAAUUAUGGUCCGGGAUAUUGGGAAAAUAAGAAAAAAUAUGAAUUCUAA